AAAUAUUUCAGGGUAUGUUACAUUGUAUAUAAAAAUAAUAUUUAACUUGUACAAUACAAUAAUCUUUGCAUUUAUAUUUCCUUCUUUUUUUCUAAAAAGUUUUCGUUUAAUUUAUUAAAAAGAUAAGAUUUUUCGUUAAAAAGAUAAGGUUUCCUUCCACAGAAGAAAAACAAGUUUACAUCGAUCAUAUAUAUUUACAUCGAUCAUAAGAUUUUAUAUUUUUUGAAUAUUCCUCCAAUUUCAUAAUAAAAUACAAAUAAUUGAAAAUUUUUAAUAAGAUAAUUAUGAAAUAUAAAAAAAUUAAUAAUUGUUAAAUUAUCAAUGACAAAAAACUUAUAUGUUAUAUAUAUAUCAAUAUAAUUUUCUAAUUUAUAUUUUAUUAAGAAAAGGAAAACAAUAGAAAAACUUUAUAAUAAUAAUAGAAAAAAAAAUAGCAGAGAUCAGAAUUACACUUGUUUCAAGUUUUUUUUAAUCUUUCUUUAAGAGCACGAAAGUAUGUAUUUUAUUAAUUUUGCGCAUGCGCAUCAUCAUAAUUCGUAAAAAGAGUACAAGAACUUAGAAUAUCACGGUAUACAUUGAUAACGUUCGAAUUUUUCGUCCAAGGAAACUUUAAUUAAUAGGAGGAUAAUAAGUCGUAAGUUUAUUGUAAUGAAUGGAAAGUCAGGUAUAGUGUAAGCAGGAAAACUGUGGAUUCGUAUAGUCAGAUACGGUAUAGUAAUAGAUUUUCCAACAAAACAUUGGGGCAUAUUUAAUGUUGAUAUAAGGCAUAUUUAUAUAUGUAAAAGCCCAAUACAACUAAAAGGCGUACAACUCUACGCUAUACCGGUGAGUUCCCACACAAAAUAUUGCUUGGUAGUACGGCGGACACUCAAAGCCAACUAACCAUGUCUGUACAAAGUGUUGCUCUGGCAUCUCUCACGGCCACCUAUACCGACUCGGAGGGCGAAGACGGGGUGGAAGACGACCUUCAGGAGAAUUCGAACACUCCCCAGGGGGCCGCCCCGCAUAAUGCCCAAGUCGGUCAGCCCCAGGCUUUCACCAGUCCCAAAUCUGGCACAUCAGCCUCAAAUAGUCCCGUUGUUGCUCCCAACGUCGGUGGCAAGUCUAGUAACGAUUUGUCGAACGCGCCCACCUUAGUAACAGAUGUGACAUCUAAGGUGCAGAGAUUGGUUUCAUACUUUGAUGAUUCAAUAGUCUCCGAUGACGAGGGAGUGGUACAGACACAGAUCGAUGGACAGCCUUUUGAAAAUGGAAGGCCCUCCUCGAUUAUGGAAUGCUCUCCCUGUUGUCAAGGAGAACAAUUAGUUUCAGAUAGCGAGGUGGACUCCUAUGGCGUCACUAUACCACCAGAGCCACCAGGGCAGUGUCCUGUGGAACUGCAGGAAAAAAUAACAAAACUUUUUAGGAAAAUGGAGAGCAGUGGUUUGGAUAUGAACAAAGUUAUUCAACAAAGGAAGGAUUUUAGAAAUCCAUCCAUUUAUGAAAAGCUAAUUCAAUUUUGUAGCAUCAAUGAAUUGGGUACUAAUUAUCCUCCAGACAGAUUUGAUCCAUUUAAGUGGGGUAAAGACUCGUAUUAUGAGGAACUUGCCAAAGUUCAAAAAACUGAGAUGGAUAAACUUGAAAAAGCUAGGAAAGAGAAAACAAAAAUUGAAAUCGUUUCUGGUACAGCUAAACGACCCAAUAAUUCUAGUACAACAGACGAUGAUGCUAAAAAAAGGAAAAGUAAAUGGGAUCAAGUUGCAACAGGAGCUACUGCCUCGAUAAAACCAACUGUUUUGUUGUCUCAACCAACUCUUACCACUUUAACAUCGUCUGCAACUGGUACCAAAGCAACGGUAAUAUCUGCUUUUGGAUCUUUACCAAAGAAAAGACUGUAACAUACACUGUAAAUCAUUUGUAAAUAUUAUGUUUUUCGAAAAAGCAACACUUCAUUCUUCAUUUAAUAUUACACCAUAUACAGCGAGUUUUAUAGAAAAGUGCAGCAAAUUUCAUGCAUGAAUUUGUAUACAGAUUCACACAGUAUGCCUAUAUUCGUAUUUAAUUAUUGGCUUUAUUGAAUUUAGUGAUUCAACAUUUAAUUUCAUGAGAUAAAGCAUUUUGAAAAUAUAUCAAUAGUAUGAGAUUACUAUCUUUAUUAAUAAGAAUAACUGAAUAAAAAAAAAAAGAAUAAUAAAAGCUAAAGAAGAA